AUGCAAAGAGAGCGAGCAUGCCCGUUUGAAGUUCAAAAAAAAAAAGGGUCCCCCACUCCUCCUUUCUCUUCUUCCCUUCCAUCCUCUCACUUCUGAAACCCUCAAUAAAGCAAAAGCUAUGAAUCAGAACAAAUCCACCAUUUUUGAAUAAAGUUAUAAAUUCAUGAGAUUCUUCUUUCACACUGCUACCACUUUCAACUUUCAAAUCCUUCAUUCUCCCACUCCCUCUUCUUUUCUUAUAUAAAACAAUUUUUUUACUCUUUUUUUUUUUUAUAGUUUGUACACUCCAAAUAGCCAUCAUUCCAAAUACCCCUUUUCCUCACUUCCCUAUGACUCAAAGAAUGUGAUAAAGAAAAGGGAAAGAGAUUCCAAAUGUUCCAUUUGUCUCUUCAAUCUUAUAUCUGUUGACCCAAAAUCUUCACUUUUUACACCAUUUCCUUAUAGUAUAUUCAGUCUUUUUUCCUUGUUUCCUUCAACACCCUUCUAUACUUCUUUCAACAAUCAGAAAAGAGGACAAAAUCCCACUUGGGGUUUUUGUUUUUCCUCUUUUGCUUUUGUUUUUCCCUCCCUUUGAACCAUUUUAGUACUUUUGAUGUUUGAUUGAAAUGGGUGGGGGAGGAAGAGUGGAGGUGGUAAGCAGCAAAGGGUGUUCUAAGCUGUUAGUGGAUUUUUCCUCUUCAUUUAGAGGGAUUCCAUCUUAUUCAUUGGAACCCUUCAUGUCUCCUGCUUCCUCUUCCUCUGUUAUGUCUCAAUCAAUACUCACCACUCCAUCCAAUUGUCCAUUUUCUGGACUUGUUAUCUGUGUAACUGGACUUUCCAAAGAAGCUAGGAAGCAAGUGAUGGAAGCAACUGAGAGAUUAGGUGGAAAAUACAGUCCGCAUUUGCACCCUCAAUGUACUCAUCUGGUGGUUCAGAGUUUUUCUGGACGAAAGUUUGAGCACGCCUCGAAACAUGGUCUAAAAAAUGGUCUACUUGUCGUUUCAUUGGCAUGGUUUGUGGAUAGCGUGAGAAGGAAUGUGAGGCUGAAUGAAUCCCUUUAUAGUGUUAAAGGUGUUGGACAAGGUGGUUUCUCUGUAGAUGAUAUCAGCAGUCAGCAUUCAUGUCUCCCUGUUGCAUUGCCUGAACAUAGCAAACCACCUGACAUGAUUGAAGAGCCAUUAAUACAUGCUGAAAGAGAACCUAAGCGAAGAACUCUGUCUGGUCAUACCUUUUAUGUUGAUGCUGAUGUUUCUGAUGAGCUGCGUAGUAAGGUCAUCGAGUCUGCAGCAGCAGAAGGUGCUAGUUUGGUCAAUCAGUGGUUUGUUGGUUGCAGUGCGAGUCAUGUUGUCUGCGAAGGAAACUCAAUUCGGAAAUACCUCGGCCAUUCCUCUAAAAUUGUUACGCCGCUCUGGGUUUUGAAGAGUGCAAAGGAAAAGCGCCUGCAAAGGCUUGUUCAUAUGUCUGCUGAUUUGGCUAGGCAAACUGGAAUAUUACUUGAUAACAUUCAGAAUACAAUUUCUAGCAAGGAAGUCAACACUGGUGCUUAUCUUCGAGAUGUAACAAGUUCUACACCUAGAGUGAGCCAGGAAGAAAGGCAAAAUGUUGCCAACGUGGCCAAAGAUGGAGUUAGGAAGCGUCGUGGUUGGCGUAUGCAGACUUGCCAAACCCCUCUACGUCACCUAUCUCCAAGCAGCCUUCUAGAUUCCAUCUGCUGGUCGAUAUCUGAUCCAACUUCGACUGCUUCUAUUUACAUGGAUUCUUCCAGUGUGGAAGAUACAAACCAACAGAACACAUCUGUGUUUUUUGAUGCAAAGGACGAUCACAAAGCACCUGAAGCUUCAUUUGUGAACCUAUCCCGACCGCUUUCAGAAAGUGAGAAAGCUGAGCUGAUAUUGAAAAACAACUUCGUUACCAUACUGUUUCCAGUUGAUCGAUUUUCCGAAAUGGGUCCAUGUUCCAGGACCUUUUUUAGUGAAAAAGGGUUCACGUGUUUACAGGUGUUGGAUUACAUAUAUGCAUUUUAUCAGGAAAACAUGUCCCGUGGAGAGGUAGAGGUAGCGAUUCACACAGAUUCAAGGAAUGCUGACCGACUAAGAUCAGUUUAUUGCAGUAAAGAGACUAGUGAGCGUGGUUGUGUAGAAUUCAAGCGAAUAGAAUUUCUUGGUAGCCGUAAAAGUUUUGAAAUGUUGAAGCGUGUUUCGGGUGAUAAUAACUGUAACGUCUAUGAGUUAUUGAUCAGAGCAUAAGUUCAUAGGAGGAAACAGAGUUGGACGACAUUCUACUUUGGUUUCGAUUUGGCUGGUAACAUACCUCUGGCCUUCCAAGUGCAGACUUGGAUAUGAUGGAGAAGGUAAGUAAACACUGAAGAAAAACUGUACAUAUUCAUCAUCAAAAAUCAUUUUUGCAAUGUGAUGUUUUGUAUAUUUGUAAAGAAACAAAGGUUUACAUACUAGCCAGAUGUAUUUUGAUCUU